GGGGUGUUGGUGGGGAGCGGCCAUGUCGCUGGCGACCGUGCGGGGCUGGGCACUGGCCGCGCUGGCCCUGCUGGCCCCGGGCCCGGCCGAGCGCAGCCGGCCCUACGCCGUGCUGCAGAAACAGAACCUGGUGCUGCUGGGCAGCAUCCUCAGCGCCCUGCUGCUCACCAUCAUCCUCAUGGCCGUCUGCGUCUACAAGCCCGUCCGGCGGCGGUAGCGGAGCGGGACGCGGCGGCGAUGGGGGAUGCCCCGCUGAUUCGGGGACCCCCUUUCGCCCGCCCAGCAGCGCGAGGUUCCGCCGGGCCGUCGCUUCCCGCCACAGCGUGGGCCGGGUGUUGGCAAUCACGCCCCCCCGCUCCUCGGCAGGAUCCGCAUCCUCCUCCCCAAACGCAGCGGUUCGGCGAGGCUGCUCCGACCCGAUGGGCUUCCAGAGCAUCCCGGGAGGGGUGUGGGGGUGCGCACCCAGAGCCUCGGGCGGGCUGCGGGGGACACAACCAGCCAGGACAACCCCUCCGACCCGCGCCCUGGAACCUCCACGCCCCCACGAGAACCCGGGCAGCUCCUGGAGAAAAUCGCCGCCUGAUGAGCAGCCCCACGCGCUCCCUUACCCCACGUCUAGUCUUGAUUUCUGAUGACUUCGGUUCCUUGAAUGCCGAGUCUUGAGGGUUUGUAGCUCAGCCUUCAAAAAUAGCCCGAAGGCGAAAGCUCAGCAGCCUGCUGUGGCUGUGGGGGUCUGGUGUGUGCUUUCCUCUGAGAAAAACACGAGCAGAUCCUGGUGUAGCUGUUCAGGGACAGGCUUGUCCUUCCUGUUGUUAUUUACUUCAACUCUUCGCUAAAUAGCCACCGCCAGCCUCGCACCAAAACAGCCCCACUGAACCUGUACGAACUGGGGUGCCCAGGGGGGUUCCCGCCUUGUGCGACCGCUCCCCCUCAGUUCCCCAUCCCCCUGGGAAAUGGGAACCCCCCCAGAAGGCUGCGAGCCAGCCGAGCUCAGGCACUCUGGAAGCUCUGCAUGUUGGAGCUCCAGCCACCCCAGUUCUCCGCAUUUCCAGUAAUACAUUCAAGUGUUUACACUGAAACCACACUUGCGUUUGAAUGCUGCUAUUUUGUUUUGCACUGGAGUAGUAACUGGAUUUUGCUUAUUAAGUAUUACUUUGGUAUUUAACAUAGGGGUGUUUGGGCUAGUAAUUUAUUUAGUGUUUUGAAACUUAACUUCCAGAACAAUUGUGUUGACCUGUUCUCUAAAACCUUGUGCUGCACCUGGCCUGUUGUCUGUUCAGUUUGCUUUAAAAGACACUGAGCACUCCUUGAAAAGGGAGGUUGUGUUUGCUGCUGCUCCAGUAGUAGGAAGCUGGCCUAGAAUGGAUCUAGUUACUAAUCUAAGGGAAACGUGAGGGAGGAAGCAAGGUACCACUGUUCUACUGCUUUCUGAUCCUUUUCUGGUUUUGAUCACAGUCCUGGAUCACUGUUUUUUUCACAGCUGGGGUAAAGCUUGGCCUGGAGCUGUAUGCUGCUCCCGGGGGGGUGGAUGGGGUAGCUGGCAGCCACAGCUCCAGGUUCCCCAGAGCUGCAUCCGUGUUUGUGUUCAUUCUUUGCUCCCUGCUAUGUCUCUCUGUACAAAUAAAAAGCUAAGUAAACAA